AUGGCCGCCCGCAGGGCCGCGCCGCCCUCGCUGUGGUCGGGCAACGAGCGGCUGCGCAUCGGCGAGCGCCUGCAGGCCAGCCUGGCCGGGCUGCUGGAGCUGGAGCUGCUGCGGGAGACGCGGCGGGGGAGCGUGCAGCGCGCCCUGCACGAGAGCCGCGCGGACGGGCCGCCGGCGCAACAGGAGGAGGACCCAAACAGCCCCGAGAGGGCCGGCUUCGCCACCCCCAAGCUGGACCGGAGCAAGUCGGAAGACCUGCUGGGCACUCCCAAGGAGCCUCGGGCCUCCUACAGCUCUUCGGAGAACAUCGAAGCGCUGCACACGGACGCCGGAGGCAGGGCGGACCCCCGGUGCCUCGGCCUGCAGAUGAUGGGCGAGUCACUCCUCUCGCCCAAGAAAGUCGGGGGGCACGGAGGAGACACCCAGGAGAUCCCCGAGGCGGACUCUCGGCCCAGCUCAGGCUUCUACGAGACCAGCGAGGUGGGCUCCUUGUCGGACUCGUGCGCCUCCAUGCACAGCGACGGGCCCGGCGGGUCGCGCUGCAGCGUCGGCUCCCUCUCCCACCUGCCGGGCCUGCGGGAGAGCCACCUGGCCCGCCCGCACUCGACCGACGAGGCCGCCGUCCGCCUCCUCGACCUCCGGCUGCAGCAUCUCGCCUUGGCUCCUGGUGCCGACAGCAGGCGGCCCGUAUCGACAGGCGACCUCGAGUUCCUCCUGGGCCUCGGAGACCUGUCGCUCCCGCUGCCGAAGAACCCGAGCCUUCGGCUGCUGCACUACACGUCGGACCUCGUCUCGCGGAACACCAACGAGGUCUACCACUACCCCAGCCCCUUGCACGCGGUGGCCCUGCAGAGCCCGCUCUUCACCAGCAGCCUCUCCCAGAGCUCGUCCCAGGAGGAUCUCGACGAGGGGGCCCCCCCGGAGCCCGCCAGGACGGGCUCCCCAGAGGCGGCCUCCGCAAGCCCCAGGGAGGAGCAGAAGGCCCGCUUAGACCUGUACGUCGCGAAGCUGGUGCUGCGCUACAAGUGUCGCUCGGCGGCCGGCAGGACGGAGGCCGGGCCCCUCGCGGGGCGCCAGAAGAGUCUCUCGCUGUCCUCCGUCUGCGGCUCCGUGCUGGGCGCCGGCCAGCUGCUUGCCCCGGCGCCCGGGUGGAAGAUCCGCCGGCGCAUCUCCACGUGCUCCCACCUGCGGUCCCCCGAGGGCUCCGAGGGAACGCGGGACUCCCGGGUCCUGGACGGUCAGGGGGAUUUCACCCAGUUCCUGGAGGUCGGCUCUGUCCAGGCCAGCUCCACCAAGCUCGACAAGGCGGGCGAGCCGUCGGUGCUGUCUCUUCCGGACGCCCUGCUGCCGUCCCAGGAACCGUCGGUCAGCCCCUGCCCGGAUAAGCUGCCCGGCAGGUCGGGGAGAGGCGCUCCGAGCCGGCCCGGCGAGCCGCAGGGACACCCGGCCCAGGCGGAGAGGCCCUGCGGGAAGCGGGCCUUGUUCCCCCAGGCCGACGGCAACAAGCUGUACAAAGGCAAACACGCUUCCCGGGAAUUGGUGAAGACCCCCGAGAGGCCCGAGAAGGGCUCGGAGAGGAGCUGGCUGAGCCCCCGGGAGCUGCUGCGCCGGCUGAGCUUCCGGCGCAGGCCUUCGGCCCGAGUGGGGAGCAGGGCUCGCGCCAGCUCGGAGAUCAACAUCCACGUGGCGGCCGGGCUGGCCUGCCACGGCGAGCACCACGCUGCCCGAGGGAAGGCCGCCAAGCCCAGGUGGGCCUCGGUCCUGGAGAUCUCCAGCAAGGCUCCCGGGCGGCAUCGGCCGAAGGCCGCCACUUUCCACCACCCGCCCCAUGUGCUCCACCGCCACCUCGCCUUCCCCUCCGAUUCGCCGGCGUCCUUUUGCUUCCUCGGGGGCAGCCACCUCGACCUGCCUCCCCGGCCGCGGCCCGGGCUGGCCAGCAGCACCUCUGGCCUGGGCAGGGUGGAAGCCACCAGCGCCCUCAGCCUGAACGGGGACUGGAUCCUCCAUCAGCUCGGGGACAAGUGGCCCCCCACCUCGGCCACCCUGGACCCUGCUGACCUGCCGGUCCGUGGGUUCAAGCUUCGGCGCAGCCGCUCGUUCAAAGAGCUCAGGAAGGUGGUCUCCCGCUCCAUCCGGGGCUCGCGAACAACCAAGUGACGUGCUUCCUCCGCCACGCCGCCCGUCCUUCCUCCGAGAAGGCGAAAAGCAGGCAAGACGAUCCACCCCGUGCCACGGGAGGGUGUGUUGGAGAAGCUUCUCACCUGGUCGCAGGUGUUGAGUCAGCAGGCCAAGUCUCGUGGCCCCUGUGUGGGCACGGGCACACACACACGGUCCAUCCCCCUCUCGGGGAAGAGGUCAAGCACAUCUUUAAAUUCAAAGUUUGAAGCCUCGGGAUAUCUUCAUGAGAACCAAAGAGUGACACUGAACUCUGGUGCUCUUUAGAUAUUUCUUGCUCAGCGGGUGAUGUGAUUGAGGGUUAAGGGAGAGAAGAAAGGGGAGUUUUGCGAUGAGUGUUUCUUGAUCUGAUGUUUCUCUCGUCCGGGCAGCAUAAUGGGCACCUGGGUGGGAGGGGUAAAGGGUGAUCACUGCAUCCUUUCCCCCCCCCCAAGUUGAACAGUUGAUCUCUUCGUAAUUAUUUUUAAUUAAGAUACUUUGGAAGAACAUGCAGGCCUGCCCCAUGUAGAUUUUAUUUAAGGCUUGAGCCAAAAGAUGCAAGGAAGCCAGCUGAAUUUCUGACAAAUCCCCGCACCUUGGUCCGGCCUUGCGUGGGGUUUUUUCGUUUCGUUUUGCAAGUCCAGAAGGUUCUUGAGCUUCGAGUGGCCCAUGAACUGAGUUGCUUUGGCUUAACCCAGUGGCCCUUCAGAUUCACUGGACUGCAGUUCCCAUCAUUCCUCCCCGUCGGCUAGGCUGACAGUGACAGGAGUUGUAUUUCACCAAGAUCUGAAGCACCUCCUCUUCCUCCCUCGCUCAGCAGGUUCCCGAUUGUGCAGGUCUAACGGGAACAUCAAGAGUGUUAUAUUUUGGUCCAAAAUUGGACCAGGAAGUCAACACCGUUUUUGGCUUCCUGAAUCAUCUUUGAAGAUUCCUUUGGGCCCUCUUCUGUCUCCCGUUCCAAAACAAAGGAUUUAGCCCAAAGUGACGGCAGUCACCCUGAUUUUUUUUUUUCCCUUCCUUGGGUCUCCAUCUGAGAGCAUCCAAACGUUUUCCUAGAACUUUCUCUCUGAGGCUGCUACUACAUUUCAAGGGAACAGAUGCUCCUUCUACCUUUCUACCCGAACACUUGAAUUUCCUUGGAAGCUGUUAGCGUGAAAAACCCAUUUCAUUCUGUGUCGUCAUCGUUUCCUGAAACUGUGAACCUGUUUCCUUCUUUUUCUCCCCUGAAAUGUAAAGGUUGAGCUUAGGAAAAAAUAAACAAGCCAUUUUAAAUUGGGUGGUUUCUACUCAUCCCUGCCAAAAUAACAGUGUGGCCAGACAAGAGCGCAGAGGAUUACGGCAGGGGUGUGGAACCGCGCUCAGCCCGAGGGCCCGUUUCAUUUUGGAGCAUCUCUCCCGGGCCGCCUUGUUCUGGUGAUGAGUGAGGCCAGAGGCUAAAAGGAGAGGGCCAGAAAUGCUUGCGUGUUUUAGCUGCUGCCAUCGACUACGGGCAUCAGGCCGCAGUGUGUCAGUUCAGGUAGAAAGGGGGACAGGAUCUGUGUGUGAAUCGCUUUAAACUCCAAAAGCAAACCAGGAAAUACUAUGUGGAGUGCUUUUGUACAGGGUGCCAGCCAGGCCCUCUUCCAAGGAACUCCGUUCCGCUCCUGCCCAUUCUGUAGCCACUGAGCAUGCCCAGUCCUCAUGGGACUGUUUUUAAAGUUUUCUCUCUGUUUUCUCUCCUAAAGUCUCUCUUGAGCUUCUGCAAAUUGGGGGGUGUGCCCCAGUUCCAUUUGGGGGUCGCACAAACAACUUUGCUGAAGAGGUUUAGGUGGAGCUUCACCUUGCCGUCGCCUCCAUUCGCAAUAUCAUAUUUUGCUUGGCAAGCUGUGGAAGCGAGCGCUAUGUCUCCAAGGAGUCUGAGGUAGAAUAGGUGAGGGAUGUCUGCCUCUCCCCCACCUUAAUUAAACCAUAUUUUCAGUGUACAUGCCCAGCCUGUGUCUAGGCAUGAGUGAGGGUAUUUAUGGACUACUUUUCUCCUGCCCUGGAGGCACACAAUUUUGCCUUCUUGAAGCGGCAGCGCAUGGCUUGAAGGAUAAGCGAAUUGCUGUUUAUGGCGUGAUGGUUGGCUCCGUGCAGCUAAUCACAGUAAUUAAAAGAGACUGGGAGACGGCAGAGAUAACAGCUGCAAGCCGGAACUUGUUUGGUGCCACUGCCACAUUUUAGUCCAGAGUUCACCUUCUCCAGCGCUUGAAGUGUCUUUUUGAAAUAAUCUAGAGGCGGCGUUUUCAGCUAGGAAAAUGUGGAAUUCCCGGGGAAUUAGCAGUUGAAAUGCGAAAUCUUAUGGCUGCCGAGUUUCAUCCACUGGUUAGAUUAGGGGGCGAAGGACCCUUUUGGUGGAACAAAGCAAUCUUCCCUCGGUUGACCGGCGAGCUCCAUUAGUCCCAGAGAUGGAGGCUGCAAUGAACACGUCUGCAGGCAGCAGGUUUUUCAAACCCUCUUUAAUGCAAGUAAAUAUUUAAAAAGAAAAACGCCCUGCAGAGCUUGGAAGAGGUGUUUCUACCUGUGCAAGAAUGCCUCUUCAGAAACUUCCGAAUGGAUGGAUGCAUUCUCGGCAAACAUGCUCUAAUUUGUAGGUUUUUUUCCCCACGUGCAUGUAAUCAGUUUGCAGUUUGAAGCAGCAGAGAAGUCCAUCCGAACUGGAUGACACCCUAGUCACCAAAAUUGUAUAUUAUGUUUUUUAUGGGGUGUUUUGCCAGCGUUCUCUUGGCAAUCCUGGAAGAGGGCUGUUUGUCCCUAUAAAGGGUACAACUGAGUGUAGGAAUCAAACCUAAGACUCUUGAACCGUAAAGUUUUCAUCACAGGGGCUUCCCUGCGGAGAAACUGCAUCGUGGCAGGACAAUGUUUAGACACGGUCUGGAGCAGAACAAUUUUGCUCCUUCCAUUAGGCAGGGUAUCUCAGAGGCAGUUUUAGGUAGAACGUUGCAAGGAUACAGAUGAUCAGCUUAAUUCGGGUGUAGAUGGAU